AUGUUCGUCUUGCUGACUGCCGUCGCGGCGGCGAGGGUCUCGCCGCGACCGACGGGCGCGGCGGGCGCUGCGCUGGACGUGAGCAAGUUGCCGCCAGGCCCGGUCUUGGAGGAGUGCCCGCCGUCGUCGCGAGCCUUCGCCUCAUACAACGCGUCGACGAGCUGCAACGAGACCUGCCAGGCCGGGACCCGCAGGGCGCUGAUAGAGAUCAACAAGCGGCUGAUUCAGCAGCCGGGCGGCGGGAUCGACUGGAGCAACGACCCGUUUGGCAGCACCGGCGCGACCGUGAACUUCACGACGGGCGUCUGGUGA